CUCUUCCCGUCAUCCGUCCCGACAAGCCUCACGUUUUCCCCCCACUGUGACCUCAGGCUGUCUGUGAACCGAUGCACGCCUUUUCCUAGCAUUUAAUGAAGACCGGGGUAAAAUAAUCAGACAUAGAUUAAACUGAUUGCUCGCGACGUUUUCAUCGUGAACACAGCUGAUCCAGCCCGACAGAGACGAGCAGGAGUCAUGGCCGCAAUCGAGGAGCUGUCCCCAGCUGCGGGCCCGGUGUCCACCCGGCCCCCCGAGGACGAGAUUGACGACGACGAAGAUGAAGAUCUGGAUGAGACGCUGAUGGAGAGGUUGUGGGGCCUUACAGAGAUGUUUCCUGACACAGUUCGCUCUGCUGCAGAGGUGUCUGCACAAUGCUCCGUCUCACUGGCUAAGAAGUUUUACAGUUUUUCCCGCUCGGCGCUCUGGGUGGGUACUACCUCCUUCAUGAUCCUGGUGCUGCCUGUUGUGUUUGAGACAGAAAGACUACAGCUGGAGCAGCAGCAACUACAACAGCAGAGACAGAUCCUGUUAGGGCCAAACACUGGAAUGUCUGGUGGGAUGCCGGGCAUGAUGCCUCCUGCGCCCGGCAAGAUGUGAGACAAGAAGGGCCAACAUGAACCCGAGAUCUACUGCUAGCAAUACAGCGGCGCCGGUCGCAAGGAGAGACAGAGAGACCACGGAGAAGGGGAAAGAACUGUAGUUUUUAAAAAGAAGCAGCAAAAGCUGCAUGUCAGUGGCGCGACAUUAGGCUCACUCCGACGUGUUGGAUUGGCUAAUGGGAUUGGAGGAGGAGGAAGAGGAUGUGGUUCGUUUCUAACACUUCUCUCUCACUGUCUCUCCUUACUCCAACAUCAUGCAGAGACUUAUUUCUUGGAGCACUGCCUCUGUUUUCUUUGUCUUUUUUUUUUUUUUAAUAAAUACUUAUAUCAACAUAGAUACUGUGUUCUUUAGGGGGUUAGCAGGUACAGGUGGAUACAUUGAAAGAAAAUAAAUCUGGAGGUUACCAAUUGUAUUUUUGUCUUUGUGUUUGCAGUCUGAAGAACGUUACAGUAUCUUUGCAGUUUUGUCCAUCAUCAUUGGCUUGCUGGUGUCACUUCUGUGUGGAGAAUUAUGUUAAUAGAAUAUGUGACAGACUGGUCCGAUGCAUUGUGGAGCAUACUGUAAACUAUAUUAAUUAAUUGAUAGAAAUGUGGUCGACAGCAUGACACUCUUGAAGUUCUGCAAGGUAUAUGAAACUCUUCUGUGUGAGGCGUUUCUGUCUGUACUUGUACGGUUUACAUGUGUACAUCUAUGGAUGUAUGUCAGAGUGCAAUGCCUCUCACUUCAGACUAGCCACAGUUAUUGAUUUUAUUAUAUUUCUCUGCUUUUAAACAAUAGAUUGUAAAAUGCAGCAACACCUGAUUCCAUGCUGUUCAUUGAUUCAAUGAUUGUUGUGUUCUUUUCUGUUGUUAUUAUGUCAAAUGCAAAAUAAGUUUGCCGUUGUCAUGUAAGCCUGGCAACAUGUCACAUGUUUUUGGACAUAUGCGGUAUUGGUGGUUGAUCAAGUCUCAUUACCCAAGAUAUAAUGUUCUUUUCAUUGUCAUCCAUGUGACAAUUUACUAUCUCUUCUGUUCAGUAGGCAAUCCCACUUCUGUGUUUUGUGUUCAAGAUGACUGCAGUAAUUAAAGUAAAGCAAAUAAAACAAGUGUUUACUUUCA